AUGUCCGCCUCACUCCUCUCCGCUGGCACUAGGGCAGCCGAUGUGCUGUAUCCCUUUGCCAGUCCACAGAUAAAAAUCGAACUUGCCAGCGAGACAGGCAGCGCGGCCCGAGCCUACACCACCGGAGACCGUAUUGAAGGGACUGUCACCGUCACCGCCAACCAUCUCAUCAGUUUCGAUGAAGUUAACAUCCAGCUGGAGGGAUCUCAAGCCGUUCUUGUGGAACGAGGCAUGGUCCCAGGGCGCACAGGAGCAACCCAAACAUUCCUGAGACUCCGCCAACCCAUUGAAGACUCCCUCUAUCCAAUGCCGCGCGUUCUUGAGCCUGGCCGCAGCUAUCAGUUUCAAUUCACUUUUGUCAUUCCCCAGCGUCUGCUACCGCAUAUCUGCAGCCACCACAAGGCAAAUGCCCAUAUCCAUGACUCCCACACUCUCUUACUGCCCUCCCUUGGCGACCCCGUUCUCUCCAGGGACGGCAGGACGGCAUUGGACGACAUGUCGCCUGACAUGACGCGUGUCACAUACCACAUCCGGGCCGAAGUGUUGCAGAGACCUGUCGUGGGUCCUGCAAAGACCCUGAAGUUGGCGAGACAGAAGAUUCGCAUCGUUCCAGCCGUCGAAGAGGAACCGCCUCUGACCGUUCUUGAUUGCGACCCCGUCUACUGCACCCGGAAAGAAAAAGAUGUCAGGCGCGGUACCCUGCGCCCGCGCCAGGGCCGGCUCGUGGUGGCCGCCUCACAGCCCAAGCCCUUGCAGAUGAACAGCUUUCCGAACAAAAGCUCCGAGCCGACGAGCACGGCUGCUACUAUCCAUCUGCGCUUCGACCCCGUGGGGGACGAAGAACCGCCCAGUCUAGGCACGGUCUGGAGCAAGCUGCGUGUUGCGACUUACUACUCCGUACGCCCUUGGGAUAACUAUCCGACUGCUUCGGUAGUUUCUGCAUCGGACAUGUCGGGACAGGGUGUAUACCAGGAGAUCCUGCCAUUAUCGAGCAGGUGUGUUGCCUCUGCGCAAUGGACUAAGCAUGGCAUGGAUUCCCUUGCACGUCGAUACUCUCUCCAGUCAGCUUCUUCUGCAGAGUCUAUCACAGGGCCGUCGGCCUCGUGGUCUGGAGACAACUACUAUACAGCCUCGGUUGUCGUUCCUGUCUCUCUACCGACAAACAGAGCGUUUGUUCCGACUUUUCACUCGUGUCUGAUCUCUCGCAUUUACAUCCUGGAGUUCUGCAUCUCAUAUCACACCCCGAAUAUGAACAUCAUCACGCCGACGGUAACUCUGAAGGUCCCUAUCCAGCUGACCUCCGGUCAACCAGGAUCUGUUCUGGCGCAGUCAUCUGAAGAAAUCACCCAGGAGGAAGUCGACGCCGAGUUUUUCAGCCCGCGCACUAUUGCACCCCCAGUGAUGGGUUCCGCAAGCGCUCCUCCAGAUUACGCAGAGUAUACAUCUUCUUUACCCAGCGCAAGACCUCGGGAGGUGCGCUGCUCAUAA